AUGCACCGUCUGUUCUGUUUCCACUCCUCGCCUGACACAGAUAUGGCGUCUAUAACCAAAGGUGCGGCAAUCACUACACGGGCGAAAUCUGGAGCAGGUUAUUCGACCAUCGUCCCUUCGUCCAAGGAGAAAUUACAUUCUUCUUGCGAGAGUUUCAGGAAAAAAGGGCUGAUAGGGAAGUGGAACGUCUUUUUAAAAUUCUUGAAUAUUCAACAGAAUUGAAAGAAAGCCAGUUAGAUCGCACUGAACAACUUGGAGAUUGUCAUUUACCUAGUCUUAAAGCAAAUGUGGAUGUUGCACUGAGUAUGUGUAGCCGUGUUUUACAAAGAGAAGAAAAUUUUGAUAGUGACAGUGUUUUGAAUGAAAACAGAUUAGCCAGAAGAAAGGAGUGGGAAAAAUUUAUAAAUGAUAUGAGUGAUAAAUGUCAAAGAGUAGAUCAAACUUUCCAAGAAAAAGAAAACGAGAUAGAGGAAUUCUAUAUUGAUUUGGAAAAAAAGUUACACAUUACGCCAUAAGAUAACGCAUUAAUUUUUAAUCUACAUAUUGCUUUUUAGUAUUUAAUAAAGACCUAAUCUAUGCCAGUUAUUAAGAAAAAAUAGUUUACAUAAAAAUUUACGUAAAUAUGCCAUUAGAAUCGAUUACAGAUCCCACUAUAACAAUAAAACCCUCUAUAAGAUUGAUAGAUUUUAUCUUGAAUAAUGUGAAAGACAUAAAUGAUGCUCCAAAUGGUAUCACAUUUUUAUGCAAAUCUAAGAAAUCUAAGAAAGAAAAAAUUGCAAAUGCUAUGUUAAAAAUUGAAGAUUUUAGCUGGUUGAAUAAAUAUUUAAAGAAAUAUAGAGAAACUGCAACAAAAAUGAUUUACUUGCAUGAACUUUUCGAUAAUUCUGAUGUGAUAUUGCCAACGCCAAAGGAGACGCCAAGAAAUCCAGAGUUGGAGGCUAGAAUACAAAAAUUAAAGGCGCAACAAAACACUAGGGAUUAUCAAAAAAUGACGAAGAGCAUCGAUUCCAUGCGGAAAUUCCUACCGGAAGAUAGCAUUGCAUAUCAAAUGAGGCAGAUAAAUAAACAAUUGAUUGCCGUUGCGCAAUUUAUAUUUUCUGUGAUAGCUGGCUUUGCUUUUGGAUUCAUCGGGGUAGAGCUUAUAGUUGGAAACCUAGACUUCGGAUUUAGAUUACUCUUAGGUAUAAUUUGUGCGUUGAUCGUGGCAUUAGCCGAGAUUUAUUUUUUAGCUUUGAAAUUAAGCGAAAACGAUUUUGAUACAUCUAAAUCGAUAAAGUCGCAUCAGGACUAGCAUCCAAACUGCAUCUAUUUGAUUAUUUUGAACAUAUGUAUUAUAAUAUUAUAACAAAUAUAAAGACAUAAAUAUAUAUAUAUUAUCAUUUAAUAAUUACACACAAAAGCUAACGUAUAAAAUUAGCUUUAUUAACUUUAUAUUAUGUGAAAAUUUUAAAAACAUGCUACUUCUACAACAAUUAUUAUAUAAGAUACAAAAAUUAUUAGACUCCAAAUAAAACAAGAUAUGUGUGUAAGG